AUGGCCCGCCAACGCGUCCACGAUGACCCAUGCGACUCACAACUCACCGACGACCUGUACGACAUAGACGCAUCUUUCUCCGCAGGAAGGGAUGCGGAUGCUGACGACCUCUUUGACAUAGACGAGGAUGUAUCCAGCCCAGAGAGCGGCGCGACGGAAUCAGAGGACUUUAGUGACGACAAUUCUUACGUUACAGAUCAAGUCCACCUCUUCGCAGGGAAUGUUCAUCCGCCGGAUUACUACCAGAAGGCGCUACGAGAGUUCAACGAGAGUGCUUUUAACAGCCGAGAUUACAGUCCUGGAAGCAUAGUGCUACUUGACGCAAUCAAGAAGCAGUGGCGGACGUUCUGCACCGACGUAGUGGGACGGGAUCCCCAGACUUGCUUCGAGUCUAUUAAUAUCCGUCUCCUCUACAACUUUUUCGAUUGGUCCUUGAACCAAAGGGUUGGCAAGAAUGGACGGAAAAAAAAGGGAACGAAGAAGAGCAGUUCACUGGGAACAACUUGGAAGGUCUUUCGUCUUGUAUAUGAGACGGCCAUAGGUGCGAAGCUUGAUCCGAAAUUGAAUCACAACAUGCAUCAGGUCUUGGGAUCACUAGCAAAGAAACACAAACUAAGCGACCAAAAGAGGGAAAACCGCUGUAUGACCAUUGACGACCUUAAAGCGCAGAUUAAGACGACAUUAAGCACGACGGAGAAGUCGUUUGACCUCGGGGAGCUCCGGAUUCUUACCGUUUUAUUUCUUCUCUUCCUGGCACCUGCCGGCUCGCGCCCGCAAUCCAUCUUGCGGCUCCGAUUUGGAGACAUCCGGGUUGUAUUAGCGAGAGACCCCGACGGCGGGCCACACAAGCUUUUGAUCAAGUUUACUCUCGAGUUUACUAAGACGUACCUUGGGACGAAAGAUGCUAAGACCUUCACGAUCCCCGAAACCAUGUUUGACCCAUCUUUGCUUCUCAGCCCUCAUGUCUUCCUCCUUGGCAUCUUGUUCCAACAUCAAGCUUUCCGGGCUCCUAGCCUUGUCUCUCCUCGCCUUCUAGACGAUCUUGAUAUCCAUCCCGACGAAAAGGAGUUGCCUUUGCCACUCAGAGACGACCUCAAAGACGUAUGUAUAUUCCGCCGAGCCAUUACAACCUCCACCGGGCUGCAGAUAUCACAGGCGGAACCCAUCACCUAUGGCAUGAUGUCGGGGUGGAUUAAGAGGAUUAGAGAGAUUUUAGGCCUUCAAUACCCAACCAUCGCAUAUUCAUUGCGCUAUAAUACAGGCAAUGAAUUGGACCAGAGCUCCGACGUUAGUGAAUCACUCCGUAACCUGACGCUAGAUCACGCCAACUCGAUCCCUUUCCAAAAGCAUUACCUCGGUCGCGCUGUUUGUGCAGACCUGUGGGGAAUCCUUCGCGGCCAGAAGCCGCAACAAGCACUAUUGAAACAAUCUUGCAGUAUCGGUCAUUCGAUGAGCAAGCGGCGUCCAGCAGAUCUUACUCCUGAGCAAGCGGCGUCCGUUAAUACAGAUCCCGACGUGAGGCGGCUUACAAAACAACUUAAGAACCUACAACUAGGGACGAAACAGCAGAUCGAGGCGCAGCGGGAACUUCGAAAUCUAAAGCAGAGGCUGAAGAGGUUGCUCUUCCAAAAGAUCCGAGAAGACUGGACAGAUGAGCAGGCCAUAGAUGACAUCAAAAACCAAUUGCAGGGCGUCGCAUUUACCAAGCCCGUACUGGUGGACAUAGCCCAUUGUCCGCAACUUCCAGCGCAGAAACGACUAGUCGAGGCUCUGAAUGCGCCUGUCGACCCUACUCUCGAAGGCCAAUAUCGACGAAGGGACGAUGCCAUCAAUGCAAUCAUUACCUAUUGUAGCGUUAAGGAAGGACCAACUUCACGUCGCAAAUUCACCUCGCCGACCAAGGAAGCACAAUCCAAACCUACGUAUGGGCCCCCGGAGGAUAACCCCGUGUCUAUUGCUAGGCUGUCUAUGUUUGUCCGCAAUGACAGAGAAAGACCUAGGAGAUGCUUCCUAUGCAUUGGAGCUGCGCUUCCUCUGGAGCCUGAUGACCGUCGUGUAGAAGAUCUCACGCAUGAAUUCUGCAACCCCGGAGCUCUGACGAAGCACUUUCAGCGGAAACAUUUAUCCCUUUUGAAGCCAGAUUCGACACUAAAAUGUGAAGUCUGCGAUAUCACACUGUCUUCUAAGAUGCAUCUUCAGAAUCAUGCCUUGCGGGUUCACGGCACUGUGUCAUAG